CGCCUAGAUACAAUAACAAAGGUAUGUCAUUUUCCCUACCGAAAAAGGUAAAGUAAAAAUUUGUUUAGGAGAAAACCUAGUUUGACAAGGUACCAGCGGCUCCAAGGCUCCAAACAAACUUGUACCGCCGAGAUAGAAUAACAAAGGUACCGGGUACAAGCCAUUUCUUCGAUUAAUUACUCAAGCACCAAACAAGCAGAUCACCGAGAUAGCACUAAACAAACUUGUACCGUCGGUUCGUGUUCGUACAUAGAAUGGGACGGAUUCUGUUGACCUUUGCGUUGGUGGUAGUGGUGAUGGCUGUAGGGAUCUCGAUGGCUGAACCGGUUAAUCAGUCAGCUUCCGGAGGCCUAUUUUGGUCAACUGCUAAUGGUAACGGGCAUCUGGCGCGGAACGCUGAAACAGACGAAUCGUUGAAUGACCAUGAUGAACUCGACGGUGGGUUUCCUUCGCUCGAUGGGAUGUUACAGUGGGCAAUAGGUCACUCAGAUCCUGCAAAGUUAGAAUUAAAAGCGCAUGAUGUUCAGCAGUUAUCUACAGAUGAGCUACAAAAACGUCAAAUGGAAAUCAAGGAACUGGUGGAGAAGUUAGAAAUGCCAUCGGAUGCAAAACUAAUGCAAAUUGCUAUUGAUGACUUAAAUAAUUCAUCUCUGAGUUUGGAAGACCAUCUCCGUGCAUUAGAGGAACUUUUGAUACUCGUUGAGGCAAUUGAUAAUGCUAACGAUCUGCACAAACUCGGAGGUCUUGCUUCAGUUAUUCGGGAACUUAGUAACUCAGAUCCUGGAAUAAGGGUGGCCUGUGCAUGGAUUGUUGGUAAAGCCAGUCAAAACAAUCCUGUAGUUCAGAAGCAGGUCCUUGAACUUGGAGCAUUGCCACAGCUAAUGACAAUGGUGAAAUCUAGUGUGUUAGAGGAAGAAGCCAUAAAAGCGUUGUAUGCUGUUUCAGCGAUCAUUAGAAACAACCUAAAUGGCCUCAAAUUGUUCUAUUCCCAAGGCGGAGACCUAAUGCUACAGGGGGUUUUGAGCAACACCACUGCUGAUGUUAGACUACGCAGGAGAUCAGUGUCACUUGUAGCUGAUCUGGCUGAAUAUCAGUUAGAAUAUAGUAGCAAACUGGAGGUUCCUUUUUUCAGCAAUUGUGCACUGGUGAGGCUGCUGAUUGAUUUGACGGCAUCAAGUGACCUUGAUCUCCACGAGAAGGUACUUCUUGCUGUCAAGAACCUUUUGAUGCUCAAGUCAACUGAAUUUCUUGUUGUUGAUGGGUUUUGUGGAUUGCAAGGAGCAUUGGAGAAGAUGAGACAGCAGUUACAGGAGUCCAUUUUGGAGGAAAAUCAAAGGGAGUAUGCGACUGAUGUUGAAGACCUUUGUAAAGAAGUGGAUUUUAUCUAUCUUGAAAAGCUUAAGAAGAUCUCACAGGUCCCAACAUGAUGUAUGCUGGACAUAUACUGGGAUGGUCCUCAAGACACAACGCAUAGCUUGGUGAACAAAAUUGCUUCCAAAACUGGUCAGCUUGGUUAAGUUUGAUACUGACAUAGUUUUGUCCAUAAAGGAAAAGAUGAGAAACUUAAAAGCUGGUUCAUAGAUGAUAAAAAAGUUAGGUGAUAUUGGUAUAUUUAAUUUCUGUUUUGGACCAGAAUUGAAUAGUAGUAGAAGUUUAGGGAUGAACAUAGGCGGAUACUUGGCCAAAUUGCUGGGAAUGGAACAGGAACCGGAACCAGAAUCAGCGGUUCCUUUAAUGUUGGAACUGGCCAUUGAACCGUUUGCAUCGUUUCUUUAGAUUUGGAAUCGGUCCUGAAUCGGUGGUUCCUUUUACCAAGUACUGGUAUCUAAUUUGUUUUGUUUUUCUUGUUUUUUUUUCAACUUUUGUUACUAAAAAGUAAAUUAAUUAAUCAUUGCAAAAUACGAACGGAACAAAUUAACCAUUAUAAUUCAUAAAAAGUAACUAUUACCAAGUAUGGGCCCCAAGAAAAUUGCAAACCUUAAAAUCUAACCAUUUUCCAUAGGAAUUCAUGCUGGUUUUUAGCGUUCGACUGGAAAAUUUAAACAAUUACAAUUUGAUAUUAUUCAUCAUUUAAGUCCUGUUAUAUUUAAAACGUUCAAACAAUUGUCACUGUUUUUUUGUGAAAUCUCUCGCUGUACUUCUCAUUAUUGAUUUCACAACAAAAGUAUUAUUAUCAUAUAAUGGUCAAGUUAUUUGUUUUUAAGUACUUCUCAAGUAAGUUGGGUAGUAAUUUUACAAGUUUAAGUUUUAAAUUAAAUAAUGUAGACCUGUAAAUUUAGAAUACAAUAUUAAUAAAUGAUAAACGAGU